GAACAUGUGUAUGUUAGUUUGAAUGAGAGCCUGGAAAAGGGGAAGGACAAAAAGUGAACAAAAACAGCUGCUCCUGUGUGCUCUGAAAAUCUCAGCCAGAGAGAGGGAGACAGGAGAGAGAGGGAGACAGGAGAGAGAGGGACCAGUACAGUCCAGAUCUCUAUAUGGGUUGCGUCCUGAGUGCAGAUAGCUGCGGGGACAAGCCGGAUCCGGUGCCAGUGAGAGGGUCUUUAAGGAGAAAGAGAGCUGAGUCCAGGGGAACCAUGAGGCUGACAAAGGCAGGCAAGGGCGAGCCCCACUUCUUCAAAGAAAAGACCUUCAAAAAGAAGCGCCAGUGUGGGGUGUGCAGACAGAGCGUCGAGAAUUUGGGCUCCUUCUGUCGAGUUUGCAAAACAGCCACUCAUAAGAAAUGCGAAGCCAAGAUCAACACAGCCUGCAUCCCGGCACAACCCUCCGAACUGCGGAGGGGAGCAUCCUCCUCUAGGAACAUUCAGCAUCUGGGCUCGACCAAGUGUCUGACCUACACCAAACAGAGAAACACUCUCCCGAGGAGCUUCGGUGUGGACCGGGUAAUGGACAGAGUGAUGGAGAGGCACUAUGAUUUCGACCUCACCUACAUCACAGAGCGGAUCAUCUCUGUGUUUUUCCCCCCUCUGCUGGAAGAGCAGCGGUACCAUCUCAAUCUCAGAGAAGUGGUGGCCAUGCUCAAAUCCAAACACCAGGACAAGUUUUUGUUAUUCAAUCUGUCCGAGAGAAGACAUGACAUCACUCGAUUAACCCCAAAGGUUCAUGAAUUCGGCUGGCCAGACAUGCACGCUCCUCCACUGGAUAAGAUCUGUGCCGUGUGCAAGGCCAUGGAGAAUUGGCUGAACUCCAACCCCCAGCAUGUAGUUGUUCUGCACUGCAAGGGCAACAAAGGAAAGACAGGAGUUAUUAUUGCUGCUUACAUGCAUUACAGCAAGAUAUCAGCGGGAGCAGAUCAGGCCCUCAGCACAUUGGCCAUGAGGAAGUUUUGUGAAGAUAAAGUGUCCUCCUCUCUCCAGCCCUCUCAGAAUAGGUAUAUCUAUUACUUUGGUGGUCUGCUCUCAGGGGCCAUUAAAAUGAACAGUAGUCCUCUCUUCCUCCAUCAGGUCCUCAUUCCUACCAUCCCCAACUUCCAGGAAGAUGGAGGUUUCUUCCCUUUCCUGAAGAUCUAUCAGUCCAUGCAACUUGUCUACACUUCUGGCAUUUAUGAUUUGCAGGGCUCUGGGAGCAGAAGGCUGAUAGUCACUAUUGAGCCUGCACUGCUGCUGAAAGGAGACAUCAUGGUAAAGUGUUAUCACAGGCGUGUUCAGGCUUCUGAGAGAGACUCUGUGUUUCGACUGCAGUUCCAUACUUGCACUAUUCAUGGAGCUCAGUUGUGGUUCGGCAAAGGGGAACUGGAUGAAGCCUGUUCAGAUGACAGAUUCCCCACUGAUGCCACAGUGGAGUUUGUGUUUUCGUCUGGACCAGAGAAGAUCAAAGGUAGAGCGAGCCAAAGGAAUGAUCCAGCUGUCAGUGUGGACUAUAAAACAAAUGAUCCUGUGGUGCGCUGGGACUCUUAUGAGAACUUCAAUCAGAGACAUCAGGACAGCUUAGAGGAUAUUGCACACACAAGAGGGCCUCUUGAUGGCAGCCUGUAUGCACAGGUCAAAAAGCGACGUGCUGCAGGCUCAGCAUCCACCAAUGGGAGCCCUGCAAGAAGCUCUGAUGAGAGGCCUAGUCAGCUUCUGUCUGUCAGCACUGAUUCUGGACACUCAUCCGUCCCACCUGACCGGCUCGAUGAACCAACACGACCGUCCCCGCCCACUCAGCAAGAGAGGGAGGAACUUGAGCGGCUCCUAGGUGGAAUUGAAGGUGACGGAAGUGUGAGGGAUCGUGACCGAGAGACGGCCAUUUUGGACGACGGUGACUCCUUGCCCCCUGAACGAACUGAGUCACUGAGGUUAGGCCGUUCAUGUUCAUGUCGGAUGGGCUACCGAUCUCAACAUUGUGUGGAGCCUGGAUGUGAUGGACUCCACUUAUCCAAUGGCUAUUUACUUGAUCGACCUCCCACCAUUAACGGACACACUGGAGCUCCUUCUCCAGGUAUGGCGUCGGUCAUUGGGCUUUGCCAACACCACAGCGCUCAUCCUCACCAGUCCCUGCCACCUCCAGACCUGCUCUGGGACAGGCAACAAGGCCCGCAGCCAUACCCUCACCGCACUUGCUCAGAGGGGCCAUCACGUCACUUGUGCCCAUAUCCAUCCCAAGACAUCAGCCCCAAUCCGCGUAGUCUGUCUCCAACUGGGCGACUGCUCUGUAGGUCUGACGAGUUCAUUCCAUACCCCCAUCAUCACCACAACCAUCCACACCACCCGAAACCUUCUGGUCCUUACCAUGACGUCAUGAUGUUAGAUGGCCUAGUGAGGCCUGGCUGCCUAUGUCGGGAUUGCUGCCUACGGCGAGAAGAUUUACACACCCUCCGUUUGGACAGAGAAGAUGGACUACACUGGGAGAUAGAAUCAGAGCUUCACCGGGAUGCUGGGUUGAGGUGUGGUAGAGAGACUGAUAUCCAGAGAGGUCCGGAGUUAUGGGACCGGGAGGUGGGGCUGCGGCGGGGCCAAGAAAUGCCACUCCACUGGGACAGAGAUAGAGAGGCAAAGCUACAGUGGGAGAGGGAACGAGAAGCAGAAUAUUGGCACAGAAGGGCCACCAUAUCGCAGUACGGGCCCCACAGUCAAGACUUACCAGCAUUCAACUUCGAUCCCCUGCCUGCCGGCCACCCAGCAUACCCCGAACCCUCCCGGUCCAACUCUCACGUCCAUCUGGAUCUCAAAUACAGCAGCAGCUCCAGUGGAUACCAGACAUCACACCAGGCAUGCCCCUGCUCCCCCUAUCAGCCCUCACCUUCAGAGAGCCGUGGAUAUGCCUCGGGCUACCAGUCUGAAUCCACGUCCCCCCUACCCCCUCCCUCCACCUCCUGCCCAGGCCCAGUGCCCCACACUAGUGGACCAACAGACAGCCAAAUAAACCCACACCCCCAGCAGUACACCUCUGACAGAAAUACAGGUUGUCCUGGCGCAGAUGCCAUAUGCUGGCGCAGUCACAUCAACCAUGGUUCCCUGCGACAGACACACCGAGAUCAACAUGCUCCAUGUUCCACACCCUCUGAUAUUUCAGGACCUCCAACACCAGUCCACACUAGCAGCCCAUUGCGAACCCAGGAGAGCCCCAGUUUGUGUGUCCGUGAAUAUGAAAUAAGAGAGAUGAACAGUGAAAACAGUUCAGCCCACUCCCACAACAGGCCUUACCAUCCUGCCCUGCAGUCCAGCAGCACCAAUCAGGUGCCUCGGCAAACUGUACUUUCAUCUAAUGAAGAGAUUACUGAGAUACAACCCUUUCCUGCCAUGCCCACCACCAUCCAACAACUCUCCACAUAUUCCACGCCUACAACACCCCCAACCCCACAAAUCCCCACCAGACCAGAACACUCCACCCCUUUAACACCCCCAUCAGAAUCAAAUCAACCGCAGACUUACUGCUUGUCUACUGCUGCAACAGCGCCGCCCACAGGGGAAAAGGUACCUAUGCCCCAGACAGCCCAACCUGAGACUGUUAAACAAUUAACCCCAUAUUCCAUUAGCCCUCCACAGCCCUCCUCUCCUUUCCUUGCUGAGUCCGUCCCACCUAACCCUCAGUCUAAUGGAGGGUCACCAUCUCCUGAGCCAGAUGCCUCUAAACCUGCUUCCUCCAUCACUGCGUCCCCACAAACGCCCGUUGGAGACCAUGAGAGCUCAUCUUCACCCGAACCACCAGUGCCUGGAUUCGCAACACUAGGCAGGAAGCUAAUGCUGGAUUCUGAUACCUCACUUCCUGCUGGACAUAUGCAAGUGUGCACCAGCAUGGAUGGAAGUCUAAACUCCUCAAUGGGACACUCCACACCUACCUUCCCUCUCGGCUCAGCCUGCUGCACCCCGUCUCCUCCACCGGGCUCCUUCUCAGGGUGUCCAGCCGUCUCUGUUCCACAGCCUCCACUUCCCGAAAAACGCCGCCCAUCUGGCCUGCCAGGCUCACCCAAUGGGAGGUCUGGAACCUUGAGGGCAUCCAUGGUUCACACACCCUCUGGACAGCACCACGUUACAUUCUCCUCUUCAGUAGGAGAGCUGAGUGUGACUGCUGGACAGGUAGACGUCGGUGUGGAGGUUGAAAUGGGCAGCCGUGUCAGUGUGAAAUUUGUGCAGGACAGCUCUCGGUUUUGGUAUAAACCUGGCAUCUCCAGAGAGCAAGCUAUAGGAGCACUGAAGGAAAGAGAGCCAGGGGCCUUCCUCAUCCGAGACAGUAACUCCUUCCAAGGGGCCUACGGGCUGGCCCUGAAAGUGGCCAGCCCGCCUUCCAACGUCAGUAACCACAGCAGCAAAGGGGGAGACCCACUGGAACAGCUGGUUCGACACUUCCUCAUUGAGAAGGGCCCCCGAGGAGUGAAGAUCAAGGGCUGUCACAAUGAACCCUACUUUGGGAGUCUUUCAGCACUUGUGUAUCAGCAUUCCAUUACACCGAUCUCUCUGCCCUGUGCCCUCCGCAUCCCAGAGAAAGACCCAAUAGGAGAAGUCCUGGAGGUUCAGCCAGUCAGUAAUAUGAGUACAGCUGCAGACCUUCUCAAACAGGGAGCAGCCUGCAAUGUGCUAUACCUGAACUCAGAAGAGACUGAGUCGCUGACGGGGCCCCAGGCUAUCGCUAAGGCCACAGGGGCCACAAUGUCACGCAACCCUCAGCCCUCUGCCACAGUGGUCCACUUUAAGGUGUCGGCCCAGGGCAUUACACUGACGGACAGCCAACGCAGGGUGUUCUUCAGGAGACAUUACCCCAUCAACAGUGUGACUUUCAGCAGUGUGGACCCACAGGACAGAAGGUGGACUAACUCAGUCAGCACGACCUCUAAAGUAUUUGGUUUUGUUGCCAAAAAGCCUGGGAGCGCGGCGGAGAACGUGUGCCACCUUUUCGCAGAGCUGGAUCCGGAACAGCCUGCGACUGCCAUUGUCAACUUCAUUAACAAAGUUAUGCUGGCACCACAGAGACGCUAGAGACCCAGGGAGGAGAAAGAGCGUUUGUCUUCUUCACUUACAACACAGCACGUCUAAUAUGGCUUUGUGCACCAAACACAAAUGACAACAAAGUUUAAGGCUUCAGAAAUGCAUUUUACUGACUACAAACCUUUCGUUUGUUGCAUAGGGGCUUUACCAUUGACUUGAUACUUUGAUACCAUGGUAUAUCAUUGGACCAUGGUACCAUAACAUGAUACCAAAACAAAUUAAAGCCACAUUUUUCUGAAUGUAACAAACUGAAGCAAACAGGCUGUUAUUGUCAAGUGGUAUUUUGGUAUUCAUGGGAUUAUAAAAAAACACUCAUGGCACCAUGACUGCUAAACUAUGUAGACUUAGCACCAGGGGUUUUCAAAACAGAUAUCUAAGCACUGUUUUUUUUUUUUUUUU